AAGGAGAGAGCCCCGUGCUCCGGGGGCCCAGUACCGUUCAAAGAUGCAGGCUGCCGGGACGCUGCGUGGUACCAGGGCCAUCUCCCUUCUGGUACUCCUGGCACCUCUCAUUGGCUAUGCCUAUUCAAGUCCCAUUCAAUAUUUGCCCAGCAUCCCGGGAUACAUUCCUGUUUAUAUAAGAUACGGAGAUGAACCGUUGGAGGGAAUAAAUCCCGAGUUGGCCGAAGCUUUCGGAGAGACGUCGAAUUCGGUUAAGAGUUUGCAGAAGAUAGACCACACGCUCGCUCACGAGUCUGACAAUUUCAAAGAUGGCGACAUAGACACUUUUUUGGAAGAAUCCAAGAAUGAGCAUGCCUAUCCGUUGCACGUUCGAGCAGCGGAAAGUCGAUCGUUCGCCAACGAGCCAGGGGACUCUAAUAAACCAAAGCUUCUAACUAUUUAUACGUUACCUGACGAUAACGAAAACAGCCCACGUAGACGUUAUCGAGGAAGAUCUAGGCUAAAGAAUUCUAGAAAACGGCCCGCGUUUAAGGCCAAUCCACUCUCCGACGAAGAAAAGGAAGAACUGGAAAAGUUGGCGAUCGAGGUAGAAAAGGAGGAGACCAGACCGAAUGAACUCUAUGCUCCAAAUCCCAGAUAUCCUGGAUCACCGUCGAAGAGUACGCACAGUCGACACGGAACGCAUAAUUUUAUCGCGCCGAUAAAGCUGCAAGUUCCGCUCGACGAGACUUUGACAAAUCUACCGAAAAUCCCUCAAAUCGCCGAUUUUUCGGAUUACGAUGUUGCUACAACCGACGCGGAGAAAGAGGAACUGCCGAUUAAAGGGCUACGCCCAGUUACAGCUUUGUCUAACGUAGAUAAAGUGUCGCCCAUCGAGCUACCAAACGAAAAUGAAACUAAUAGAAACACUAUAUCUGAAGGUGAUCAAGAGAAGCCACUUAUUAUGAAGAUAGAUCUGCUGGAAAUACCUCAAGAUACGGAUCUUUCGAAACCUUCGUGCGAUCACCAAAUCGCUACGACCGACACUGAUGAAAAUGAGCCGCCCAUUAAGAUACAACGUCCGACAACAUUUUUGUCGAAUGUAGAUAAACUCUCGCCCAUCGAUUUGCCAAACGAAACCAGCGGAAAGAAAGAAAUGAAAGACUCUACGCGGCAUGCCGACGAAGUUGCAAAUUAGAUAAUCAAAGCUGUAAUAAUUUUUUUUAUAACUUGUUUGUUGCAAUAAUAUUGGAUGUUCCAUUUAUAUUCUGUUUCAACCGUAAAUUUUUCAAAAAUGUCUCGGAGUCACAUUUUUCUUGACAUAAUUCACGAGCAGACAUUUGUCGCAAUGCUUUCGCAAUCGUCUCGACGUUAAUUGUCGACGUGAACGAAUAAUUAAAAUAAUUUUGCUAAAAGUUACUUCGCGGCAUAAUUCGAUUUGUUAUAAAAUUCGUGAUAAGGAAAAUCUUGAUGUGUCAAAGUAUUUACAGUUGAAAUAUGUGGUUGUUUAUGGACAUCCUGUGUAUUAUAAAAACAAUAAGCGCAAAUCACUUGGAAGGAAGACAUUUCUAUGAUUUUAGCUUGUGUUAUUUAUGACGAGACAUUGCUAUUUAUGCUCACAAAGAAUACUUUAUUACACUAAGGACUUUCCAGUUUUCUAAGUAACUGUUAUUGCUCCCGAGUUUGUAAAGUUGGUUUUGCACAUUGUAAAUUAUGUUAAUGAUGAAACCACCGUGUAAAGUUAUCUUCAAAUGUUUCUAAUAAAACCGCUGUCGCAAAAUUAUUCACAAUAGUGAAUGCACAAA